UCCUUUCAGUUCCUUCACUCUUUUCUUUGCAAAAUAAAAAGCAUCGUAUCAUUCGUUCAUUCCAUCUUUCGUCGUUCCUUUUGAACCCGGCAUCACCAUGAAGACUUCCGUGUUUCUCUCCCUCUCGGCGCUGAGCGCCGUUGCCGUCUCCCAGGCGACUCUCUACGGCCAGUGUGGCGGGCAAGGCUGGACCGGCCCGACCACCUGCGUCUCCGGCGCCCGCUGCGUCUCCUACAACGACUGGUACAGCCAGUGCGUCACCGGCGCCGACGAGGAUGUACCCGUGGAGGAGGAAGAGGAGCCUCCCGUGAGUGGCAACGACGACGACGACGACGACAACAACAGCGGGGGUGACUGUGAUGUUGGCGCGACGCCCUCGGCGCCCCAGAUCUCCACCGUCGAGCCCACCGCCGUUCCCUCCUCGACCCCCGUCGCCGAGGCCCCCGCCACCACCUCCGCGGCCGAGACCGAGCCCGUCGUCUCCGAGACCGCUGCCGCCACCGCGACUUCGUCUGCUGCCGAGGAGGAGGAGGACCCCGUCCCCACCUCCGCGCCGGCCACCACCCUCGUCACCGCCACACAGGGCCCCACAACCGUCAUCGCCGUUCCCUCCGGCGUGACCAAGACCCUGCCGCAGUCCUCCGGCGCCGUCGCCACGGACGAGCCCAUUGCCGUCACCGGCGACUUCGACGGUGGUAUGAAGCUCUACGACCGAUCCCCCGCAGUUUGCAAGGACCAGUCCGAGACCGGUGAGAAGGACGCCAUGUUCGUUCUCGAGGACGGCGCCACCCUCUCCAACGUCAUCAUCGGCCCCGGCCAGGCCGAGGGCGUCCACUGCAAGGGCACCUGCACCCUGAUCAACGUCUGGCACUCGGACGUCUGCGAAGACGCCAUCACCCUCAAACAGGACUCCGGCAGCUCGACCAUCAUCGGCGGCGGCGCCUUCAAGGCCUCGGACAAGGUCGUCCAGUUCAACGGCCGCGGCACCGUCACGAUCCGCGACUUCUACGUCGAGGACUACGGCAAGCUCGUGCGCAACUGCGGCAACUGCAAGCAGAACGGCGGGCCCCGCAACGUCAUCAUCGAGAACGUCGUCGCCGUCGACGGCGGUGUGCUGUGCGGCAUCAACACCAACUACGGCGACACGUGCACCGUCAAGGACACGUGCCAGAACGCCGGCAAGACCUGCGACCGCUACGAGGGCAACGACUCGGGCGCCGAGCCGAAGAAGAUCGGCUCCGGCCCCGACGCCGAGUUCUGCUCCGUCUCGGGCCUGUCCGAGACCUGCUAGGUUUUCCAGUCUGCCCCGGUCGCCAUCUUCUUAAGGGUAUAGUGUGAGGACAUCGGUGAGCCUUCCAGGCCUAGACGGCCGCGGAAGGCAUGCGAUGAUGGUGGUUCUUCGUGUAUACUUUUACGUGUGUAUAUCUUUCUACUGAAUUCUUGAAUCAGUAACCGCGGGGACUUACCCCUGGGUUUCCAUACGGCAUGUCUUCUCGUCAAUUCAAUUGUGAAAUCGGGAAACCUCUAUCUGGUUCACGACAUGUUCAUCGUAGGGAGAAAGUCGGGCAUCUGUGUGAUGUGGAAUGUGAG